AAGAAGAUUACGUCACAUAUUUGCCGGUGAACUAACCCGGAUGUAACAGCAAGUGCGUUGAAGAUGUUUACACUCAGUUUAACCCUCGUGCGACAUGGGGAAACACAGUACAACAAGGAGAAGCUGCUGCAAGGUCAAGGCGUGGACACACCUCUGUCAGAAACAGGUGUGCAGCAGGCUGAGGCCGUAGGAAAAUACCUCCGAGACAUCGCAUUCAACUAUGUCUUUUCCAGUAACCUACAACGAGCCAUACAUACGGCUGAAAUAAUUAGGAGGAACAACACUCAUUGUUCUGGCACGGAGAUGGUUUUGGAUCCAUUACUCAGAGAGAGGGGUUUUGGUGUUGCUGAAGGACACCCCAAAGAGCAUCUGAAGAACAUGGCAAACACUGCCGGCCAGUCCUGUCGUGACUACACCCCCCCAGGAGGAGAGACUUUGGACCAGGUGAAGCUACGAUUCAAAAAGUUCCUCAAAGCCCUUUUCCAGCAAUUAUCGGAUGAACACGGCAGGGCGGGAGCACCUGAGGCUGCAAACGGGACGGCAGCUGCUGCCUCGGAGCGGGCUCCUGGUGGCUCGGCUGAGGACGGGCUCCAGGAAGCGUCGGUCCACGCUCUGGUCGUGAGCCACGGAGCUUACAUCCGUGUGGCCAUCAAGCACCUCCUGGAGGACUUAAAGAGCUCUCUGCCUGCAGGGGCCAAGAUGUCCCAGGUGUUUUCUCCAUGUCCAAACACGGGCAUCAGUCGCUUCGUUUUCACCCUGAGCCCCUCCGAGUCGGGCCCCGUCCUCUCUGCUGCUCGCUGCUGCUUCACCAACAGGAAGGAGCACCUGGGGAACCUCACAGCUGCUGAAAAGUGUGGAGGGAAAGAGAUGGGAUAAAAGUUUUUUGUACGGCGUUGGCGUAUUGGUGUGCAGAUGUACACAGUCUAUGAUGGGAACAAUCAUGAAUCAUGAACACUAAACCGAAAAAACAGGGAAAUACUUCAAGCAAUGCACACUGAGAAAUAAUGUGUUCUCAUUAAUGUGUAUAUAUAUAUAUAUAUAUAACGUUUUACUUAGAAUCAACAAUAAGUGUCCAGUACUGUAUUGUCAAACUGUUCCUUCAUCCUCCCAAGUGAGGCCAGUGAGAAUUUAAGUACUCAAUAUAACUUUAUUGCCUCUUGUAUCAUGUUAUACCAAAGUCAGAACUAUUUAAUGUAAGUUUGAACACUCCGUAUGCGUGGCAUUUUUAAAUGUGAUGCGUAUCUUGUAAUGCUGCUGCUCAUUUCACUUGUGCAAUACAACAUGACAAACCUGAA